AUGCCCGCGCCGCUGACAGGGGUCGCGAAGCGUGUCGCCGAGCAGCGGCGGCCGGCGCCAUCGGCAGCGGCGGCAGCGGCGGCAUGUGCCAUCGCCUCGUUUCCGUCGGAUGAAUUAUGUGGAAUCGCGGUGAGCCAGGCGCGCUCCGAGGCGGCCGCGGCGGCGCGGGAGCGCGACGAGUCUCGGGCGGGCAGCAGAGGCGGCGGAGGCGCGGGCGGCGCAGCUAUCUUUGUGGCGGGCAAUGGCCACUGCGAGCCGCCCGCCGACGGCACCUGGGCCGAGGUCUGGUAUUACCUUGCACCCGGCUCCGGCAUCUGGAUCAACGUGGGGAAGUCACUCCGGACCAAGACGGACCGGGUCAGGCAGCCCGAGUCGCCAGGGUGCGAGAGGGCGGUCGCCGAGGGUUACGACACAUUCAUGCUGCUGCCCGACAAUAACGGCGUCGCUGACGGCCUCUCGCGAUACGGCUCUGCAAUCGAGAUCGUCGACUGCAGAGGCUGGCGAGAUCACCCGCACAGAGCUGCCAUCGCCUUUGAGGGGACCUGUCCACCAGCGGAGGCGUCCCCGCUUCGCGUUGGGCUGCGAGGCCCCGAGCGGCCGUGCCGUUGCGAUCCGACCCGCUCCUUUCUGAACUGCAACAACGGCGAUCCGCCACCGGAGGCGGUGCCAUUUGCCUACUCCGGCCUGCAACUCUCCUCGUCGUGGGCAAACUUCUCGCUCACCAACGCUGGGGAGCAGGAGGCGAGCGAGACGGUGCAGGUCCGCGUGGUUCCACCCAACGAGACUGCCGCGCCUGGGAUGCGGAGCCUCCGUGCCUGGACCCGCGUCACCCUCGCGCCGGGCGCCAGCACGGACCUCGCCUUUCAAAUCGCCCGGGCAAAGCUACCAAAGGAAGAACGACUGACAUUAAUUUUUCAUUCUCACAGCAUGGCAUUGCCGGUAUAG